AUGGAGAAAAAUUGGCUAGUUAUUGUGGCUCUUCUAUUUCAAAUCAUUCAAACAACAGAAGCUCAAAACGGGACUUCUUCUUCAAAUUCAAAGCUAAAAGAUGCAUACACAGCUCUUCAGUCAUGGAAAUCUGCAAUAACAGAUGAUCCAUUAGGGGUUUUAAAAACAUGGGUUGGAAACAAUGUGUGUUCCUAUAAUGGUGUAUUUUGUGGCAAUCCUCAAAACUCAACAUUACCAACUGAUCUUGUUGUUGUAGGAAUUGAUCUCAACUUUGGUAAUCUUCAAGGUACAUUAGUGAAACAACUUUCACUUCUUUCUGAUAUCGCUCUCAUUCAUCUAAAUAGCAAUAGAUUCACCGGGAACGUUCCCGAUACGUUUCAAGCUCUUCAGUAUCUUGCAGAAUUGGAUUUAAGUAACAACUUGUUUUCGGGUUCUUUUCCUUCGGUUGUUCUUUCUCUUCCGGGACUAGUAUACUUAGACCUUAGGUUCAAUGAAUUCUCAGGACCCAUUCCUGAUAGUCUAUUCAAUAACAAACGGCUCGACGCGGUUUUUCUUAAUAAUAAUCAGUUUGUUGGGCGAAUUCCGUCAAGUUUAGGGAACUCUAAAGCUUCUGUUAUUACUUUUGCUAAUAACAACUUCACUGGAGAUAUUCCGGCUAGUAUCGGUAACAUGGGUGCUUCACUGAAAGAAGUUUUGUUCCUUAACAACCAGUUAAAUGGUUGUAUACCUGAAGGAAUUGGAAGGUUAACAGAAAUGAAAGUUUUGGAUAUCAGCGUCAAUUCGUUCACCGGUCACUUGCCGAAUUCGUUUUCUUGUUUGAAACAGAUUGAGGUUCUAAACUUAGGCCAUAACAAGUUAUCUGGUGUACUAUCUGACACUGUUUGUUCUUUGAGAAGUAUUGUUAACCUUACUGUUUCGGGUAAUUUCUUUUCGGGGAUUAGCCCGAGUUGCAAGAACUUGUCGUUGUCAGGGAAUUCUAUCGGUUGUGACUUCUCCGCGAACUGUCUACCAGGUUUGAAUCAGCAAAAAUCUCAACCUGAGUGUUCAUUGUUACCGAGCGGAAUGAAUUGUGUACAAAUUCCGCUCAUAACACUUUUGAGUUGUGGUUGAUUGGGCUAAAAAAUGCAGUAGCAU